AUGCAGCGACUGUGCGCCUACGCGCUGAUCCUUGCUCUGGCUCUGGCCGGUGCAGAAGCGUCUUGGAAGCCCCGCGCCCCACCGCAGGACGAGCCGUCGGGUCUGGCGGCCCACAGGGAGCCGCACUGGCUGAACCAGCUGGGCCCAGCUGCUCACCACCGAAGGCAGCUGGGACUCCAGGGUCCCCCACAGCCCGUGGCAGACCUCUCCAAGAAGCAGGGGCCGUGGCUGGAGGAAGAAGAGGCAUACGGAUGGAUGGACUUCGGCCGCCGCAGUGCCGAGGAAGGGGAUCAACGCCCUUAGACCAGCU